UCUGCUAGAUGGAGGGAGGGAGAAUAUAUAAUCAGCUGACCAUAGAUCAGCUGUCAGUGACCUGCAACCAGCUGUUCAACAUGUCUCCCUCUCUCUCUGUCUGCCUCUGCCUGCUAUUGGCUACAACUGUACUGGCAGUGCCUACAUACAAUUAUUACAGUGAAGAUGACAUGGCCGGAGUUCGUCUCCCCAGAGCCACUUGCGACCUGCUCAGUUUCUCGUUCAACGGCAACUCUCUUAACCAUGCUGCUUGUGCUGCACACUGCAUCACUCUCAACAGAGGCUUCCGUGGCGGCCGGUGUCGCGAUGGUGUAUGUCACUGCCGCAAGUAGACAACACUACAUAGGCUAAAGUGUUGCAAGUGUUAGGGAAAAACAUUACAGUAAAAGUAACAAAAUAUUGUAACAAUCUCGAUCCUUAUAAAUAUUUUUUCUGAAAAACAAUAAUGAUAGGUUUGGGAACUAAACUGCUAGAAGCAAAAUGCAUAAUACAAAUCAUAGCAAUAGUUCUAUCAUGCAACACAGCUUAAAGAAAAGAAAAUUAAGAAACACAAAAAUGUAUUUCUAUUCCAAAAUUAUUAAAGAAACUAGCGUUAUAUAGUUAUUCCAAUGUAAUUCUAAAAUGUCAAGCUUGUUGAUAUCUAAAUUCAUGAGUGAAAGAUUUAUUUGAUAAAAAAAAGACUUUAGUUUAUGGUUUUUAUGAACUAAUAAGGUUAUUGAAUUGUACAAACCAUUACUUCGACAAGCCUACAAUAUUAUAAGGGAUAUUUUACUACUACUUGUACUCUAAGAGUAUUGAUUUAUGUAUUUUACAAAUAUUGACAAAUAUAAUUCACCUAUGAUG